UGGCUGCCCAGAAUCAAUGGACAGACUUUGGAUUUUGUUACUGCUGACACUUGCCUUGGCAGAGGCUUCUGUUCAUCCAAGAGGACUGGUUCUUAACUUAAGUCUAUAUGAAGUUUACUACAAGUGCCCUUGUGAGAGCGGCUUAAUCUGUGAUACUGAUCGGACCAUUGUGGGAAGCAUUGUCAAUUCUGACUUUGGCAUUUGCAAGGACCCAUCAAAUAAAAUCAGCAGUGAAAAAAAAGAAAGAAAGAAGUAUGAUGGAUAG